AAGAAAUACGUAUGGUGGCCACGUUAUUGUAACGUGGUAAUGUAACUGAGUAUAUUGCCAGUAGGACUUCAUUAUCCAUAAUGCACCGCGUGCUGGGUCGUCUUGUAGCUCCAGUGUUUUGCUCGCGAGCGUCUACCGACGUAUGCGCAAAAUCGCUAAUCUGACAACUGCAAGAACGUAGAAUCAGACGUAAACACGGUGAUUUUUGGAUUUCUAAAUCGGAUAAUUUCCGCAGCGCCUUGCUGUUAAGACGCUUGUCAACGAGCACUGUUUCCAAUGUUUACUUCUGCAGCGUGUGCUCCUCAGCAGUAAUGCCGUCUUUAAUUGUAGCUAAAUUCACUUUGGGCGGACUCAACUGGAAUCAUGUUUGUACAACGAUAGUUGAAUAUGCUGUACGGAUAAUGUAGGCUAUUAGGCAGCAGUGGUUUAAGUUGACCGCUUCCUCUCCUGGGCAGCGAGCUGUUUUCGACAAUAGCAGAUUCUCUUCGGCUCCAUGAUGGCGAUGUUUCGGAGCUUUGUUUCGGUGAGCACCCAGCUCCGCCAGCAGCAGCCGAGCAGCGGGGCCGGGUCGCCCGCAGCUCCAACGGAGAGCGUCGAGAGCCAGUUCUCGUGUCCCAUCUGCCUAGAGGUUUACCACAAACCCGUCAGCAUCGCCAGCUGUGCUCACACGUUCUGCGGGGAGUGUUUGCAGCCAUGUCUUCAGGUGACCUCUCCCCUCUGCCCACUUUGUCGUGUGCCCUUUGACCCUAAGAAGGUGGACAGGUCCUCCAGUGUAGAAAAGCAGUUAGCCUCAUACAAAGCACCAUGCCGGGGCUGUAGCAAGAAGGUGGCUCUGGUAAAAAUGAGGUCCCAUAUCACAUCAUGUGCUAAGGUUCAGGAGCAGAUGGCCAACUGUCCCAAGUUUGUUCCUGUGGUACCAACCUCACAACCUAUACCGAGCAAUAUUCCAAACCGGUCAACAUUUGUGUGUCCAUUCUGUGGAGCCAGAAACCUGGACCAGCAAGAGUUGGUGAAGCACUGUAUGGACAACCACCGUAAUGACCCCAAUAAAGUGGUAUGUCCAGUGUGUUCAGCUAUGCCAUGGGGAGACCCCAGCUAUAAGAGCUCCAACUUCCUCCAACAUCUCCUCCACAGACACAAGUUCUCCUAUGACACUUUUGUGGACUACAGCAUUGAUGAAGAGGCAGCACUGCAAGCAGCCCUGGCACUGUCCCUAGCUGAAAAUUGACAUAACAUAAUUGCACCAUCACAAUCCUGUUAAACUGUUAACACCCACGUCGCCAUUUACUCUGCCAUCACCUGACUCUUUCUGCCCUGCUGCUGUUCCUUGAUGGCUGAAAAUAUAUGAUCCAGUCAACAAAUACAACGUAACCCAGUGUGUUUUAGACUUUCUCUACACAGAGACCAAGAUCACGCAAAGUUUCCUCAGUUUUCUAGUGAUCUAAUGAAAAUCUCAAUUCCCUCUCACCAUGCAAAAAGGAGGAGGUUUCUGCCAAUGCCAAGUAUUUGUUUCUGGCGUAGGUAGCAGUGCAGUCUGUACAUGGUAUUUGUCCCCAGCAGUGAAGUGCAUGAAAAGGCGAAAAGGGAUUUUUUUUUUUUUUUUUUUUUUUUUUUUACUUAAGGUGUCCCUUGGGCAAAGUCCUGGCCUCCUGAAGUAUUGAAAUAGGUACUUACAGCAAGUUUUCUGGGGUCACAAAAAUAAAAAGUUUUGCUCCUCAAAACAACAUGUAUUCUAAACAGUAAUAAAUUUCCAUCACAAAACCAAUUCCGAGAAAAAAGUCAGACUUAACAAUCACUCGGCAUCAUUUGCACUCCAUCAGUAUCAGUGUGCACUCCCACCUGGUGAUGGCCGUAUCAGUUCUGUCAGCUGUUUCAAAGCAAAUGUGCUUGGAUAGCAUGACCUGAGAGAGCUAGACAUGGAAAGACAAGUGUAUUGUCAGAGAAGAAAAACAAAAAUCGUGCAGACUUAUGAUUUUCCUGGCUGUAGUAACAAAAACCUGCCAGAAAAACUUUGUGUCUGUAGUGCACAUUGCAGCAAACAGGAUUAUGUCCCCACACGGCCAGAACAGAGGAAACGUGUUGAAGAGCUCUCCUGUACCAGCCCUCCAGGUAAGAAAACCAGCUACUAGCUAAUAAGAUGGCCUACUGCCUGGUUGGAAGGCAACCAACGUUACAGUUUGGUUGAAGUGGCUAUCAAGGAUCAACUGGUAUGACCAGCUUAUCACACAGAAUCGUCAGACUAGUGAAGCCUCUACACAAUAUAACAUUAUAUGAUGGCCAUUAUUAUUAUUGUCUGCUUCAAUGUGAAACUGUAAUUGUUAUAGGCUAGUCAGGAUAACCAACAUAAAAGAUAGUCAAGAAUUUCUGUUGUCAUCAUUGUAGGUCAAACCUAUUGUGUUACUUCAGAGCGCCCCUCAGUUUUUAAGAGACCGCUCUGAGAGCUGUAUGUCCAGAUCUUGCUGUCAUAGAAACAAAACCCACACCUAAUAAAAAAAAUAAACUAAAAAAAAAAACAUGCCGUGUCUGAUGAGUCAGUGGAUUGAGAACCUCUGCUGCUCUUUUACAUCAGAAAAAAAACAUUAUGUCAAUACAAGUGAUUGUGAAGUCUGACUUAUUCCCAGAGUUGGUUUUGUUGACAGAAAUGUAUUACUACUUUGAAUGCAUUUUGUUUUAAGAAGCAGAGCUUUUUAUUUUUGUGACCCCAGCAAACUAGCCGGAAGUACCUAUUUCAAUACUUCAGGAGGCCAGAACUUUGCCCAAGGGACACCUUAAGUAAAAAAAAAAAAAUCCCUUUUCAUGCACUACACUGCUCGGGAGGAUUUCAUACAACUUCAUGUCCAAAAAUGCAAACCAUUCCUUUACAUUUAUAAAACAGGGGCAAUGUUAAAUCAGCUUUUUGCUGACCCAUCCAGGCCUGUCAAUAUGAAAAAUACCAUGUUGUGAAUGAAGUAAGUGGACCUCUAAGCAGAGAGGCUUUAGACUGGAUGCUCUGCAGCCACAGUUCCAAACGUCAUACAUGCAUCUCAGUAGACACCUAUGGACUGACGCAGCAUGAAGGGCUAACUCCAUGGAAACAGACAUCUGUCUGGGAGUUUGAAGCAUCCUGAAAUCAUACUAAUAGGAUUUCUCACAACAAAUUCCAGUGAUGGCCCAGGCAUUCAGUUCUCUCAUACUCAAUGUGUAAGUGUAUUGAAGACAUAGUCUGACCGCUUGCACACUCAGCAAGUAAAUGAUGGUGAUGUGUUGCUGUUCAGACAAAUUGUGGGUGGUGCAAGAGGCUUUGAUUGCAUCUGGUCUGCAGAUACAAAGUUUUGAACAGUCAGAUCAUGUAGUUUUUGCUGCUUUGAUUUUGAUUUGAUUUUUGCUUUGCUUACAUUACACUGUUUUGAUGAGUUAACAGUACUAGUUACCAAGCUAUUUAGUUAGCAACAAUCAAAUAUAAACAGAAAAAGCUUCAGAGCUUCAGAGCUUACAGGCACCCACAGCAGAUGCAACUGUUCUCCAAACAUCAGACAUUUAUUCUUGCAGUCUUUCAAAUAAAAGUUGUGAACUUGGAAGCUCUGAUGGGCUUUUAUCAACUUCUUGCCAGUUUUUCACUGGUUAUGAUGAGCAGUUCAUGAAGCUAAGUCACACUGGAAUGGAGGCAUGAAAGCACAGAAAUGUGGUUAGCUGUCAGCAGCUGAUGCCUGGAAAGGCUUCAGCCUUUGUAGACUGCUCAUACAUUAUCAUACAUUUGCCUGGUCUCCGAAAUUUGUGUGUUUCACAUGACAUCACUGUGUGUGCAUGGCAGCAUAUUAGGGACUGUGACAACAUACUUAGCAAAUACCAAUGGGAAAUUUUUUAUGUUAUCCCCCCAAAAAAUCUGGAGAAAGUAAGAAACAAUUGUCAAACAUGCCUAUUGUACAUUACUGUUGACUGUCCUCUGCUGAAUUUUACAAUGUCAGGGUCGAAGUAGUUUGACUUUUGACUACCUUUUACACCACGGCUCCCAGAAAGUUGACUCAGCCAUACCUAAGAUAGGCUUUCCAAGCAGACACUAGCUUUAAAUGGGUCUCUACCUGUUUUACACAUUAUAGCCUAUUGCAAACUGUUUACCGUCUUUUGUUGAAUCUAACAUUGCAGCGUGGUCAUGAUCACUUUAUUUUUUAAUGAACUGGAUAGAAAGGUAAAGACUACACAGCUAAUGAGUGCAGAUCAUUUGUGCUUCACUCUUCACUUGGAAUCUUUGCGUGGUGGAAUGCCCAGUGUUUGUUUAACUGUAUAACAACUGCAAAAAGUGGCUGUUUUGAUGUGUCUUUGACUUAGGCUGAUUUUGAUUAAUUGAGGAGUGGCCUGAAUGAUUUUGUGAAUCAAACUAAUUUGAUCUUGUGAGACCAUGUGGCUUUGCUAGGCUAUAAUUUCCAUUGUGUACUUUUUUGUUUUGUCUAUGGUGCUUAUAGUGCUUGAACUGUUUUUAAAAAAAAUUGACUGGUAGUGUAUUCCACUACUGGAGCCAGUAAAAAAGAACACCCAAACAAAAUCUGAGCUAUUGUGAAAACUAGCUAACACAGUAGCGGUUUUAGGCAUGUGUGAAGCGGGCAGCCACCCGGGGCGUCAUUUUUUCAUGUCAUGUGGGGGGCGGCACGAGGGCAAAAAAAAAAAAAA